GAGGGAUGGAAACAUAUGGGGAGAUGUGUCGUACUGAAAGAUUAAAUAUAUCUUUACACUGUGGCUGUCCUAAAUAAUUCCUAUGACAAUUUCGACAUCGUUUUUUAUUUUUAACGUCCUUCAAAUAAGAUGACAUCAAGAAAAUCCUGACAAUCAUUCAUUGAGAAGAAUAAGAUGGAGCCACAGGCUAAACGAAAGAAGGAGAUGGAUGGAUUUGAUGUAGAGUGUUGGGAUAUUCUUCCUGUUUUGUCUGAUGAGAAAUCUCAUGACACUGAAUUGUUAUCAGCCUACGCAGCACCCAUCAUCGAGAAAAAACAAACAUCUCGCUUGAUGAAAGAGCUUUCUCUGAUCCACCCCUUGCCUGGUCUCCAGCACAUUAAAAGAGUGAGAGCUUCCAAUGACAAAAGCAGCUCUCAUCCUUUGGAGGUCAUUGUGUGCUUGGUCAGGGACGUGCAAGAAGCGAGGAACGGCAAAGGAGUUGCACUAGCUGAUCUGCUUGGCUCGCAGUCAUUUGACUUUAGUGGUUUGGGAGAACCGUUUCUUGUUAAAAUCCCUGCUACACCUCCGCUAACCAGACCACAGUUUGAAAAAGCUAGAAAACACUGGCCUACGUCUUUUCAUGAGGAUAAAUUAAUAACAUCAGCUCUGAGAGGUCAGUUAUUCACUGCCGCUCAGAAAGUGAAAAUUCAGGAGUAUAUGACUGUUGCUGUACAGGCUGCAAAAUCAGGGCAGGAAAUAGGAAUGAAUGCUGUGGGUGCAGUGAUUGUUGAUCCAGAGUCUGAGCAGAUUGUCGCUGUGAGUCAUGACUGCAAGAACAGCUCUCAUCCGCUCCAUCAUGCUGUAAUGAUCUGUAUUGAUCUUGUGGCCUAUGGGCAGGGAGGUGGAGCCUACAACUACGACAAAUAUCCAGCCUGUCAGUUUAGCAGCCAAGAGUCCCUUAGGACUUCCCGCAAAGCUGUCAGUGCGAAAGAAUCUAUCCUGCCAUACAUCUGCACUGGAUAUGACCUUUAUGUCACUAGAGAGCCAUGCGUGAUGUGUGCAAUGGCACUGGUCCACUCUAGAAUAAGCAGAGUGUUUUAUGGAACUGCCUUUGCCGAUGGUGCUUUGGGAACCAAAUAUAAAAUUCAUUGUGAAAAAGAUUUAAAUCACCGCUUUGAGGUGUUUAAAGGGGUGAUGCUAAAAACAUGUGAGGCCUUGUGCAAAAAGUGAUUUUUAUCUUGGUUCUUAAGCUAUUUUUGCAAUAUUAAACAUUGCAUUUUAUUUGUUUUACUUUUACAGUCAUUUUUAAUAGGACCGUAAUAAAAGGUAUGG